UAAUAAACGUAUAAAAAAAGGUCAACUUUUUCUCUAUCGACGUGAACUUUCUUUAUCACAUGACGCUAUCGAUCACAAAUUGAACAGAUUUCGAGAUCAGAUCGCUGCUACCAUUCACCGACCACCGAAAGAUUUCAGCCGCUUCCAAUGGCUCCGAUGAUGCAUUUAACAUUAAUUGCUCUUUUCAUCACUAGCGCCGCCGCAUACACCAAUCACACUGUCGGAGGCCCCGCCGGUUGGCUUUUCGACCCCAAUACCAACACCUCCUCCGCAAAUUACGCCUCUUGGGCCGGCAAUCAGACCUUCGAUCUUGGCGACUACUUAAUAUUUAACACGAACACGAAUCAGACGGUGGUUUUGACUUACAACACGACGACGUUCCGCAGCUGUAGCGUUGAUAAUUCUUCAGACAGUGACACUUUUAUGUACAGCCAAGGAAACCAACAGUUCGGGCAGCCGUUGACCGUCGCAGUUCCGUUGACGAUCGAGGGAGCGAACUACUUCUUUUCCGAUGCCAGUGACGGUGUUCAGUGCGAGAAUGGGAUGGCGUUCGGGAUCAACGUCAGUCACGGCGUCGGACUUCCGCCAAACCUUAACCAGCCUCCGCCGCCUCCCUACGUUGAGCCUCCGUCUAACGCUGAUGGGACGCCGGGGACCGUCGCUGGUAAUCUGCCGAGUGGCGCUGGAUUGAGCGUUGAUGCUAACGUGCGCAGAGCCGUGUUUUACGCACUCACGUUCUAUGGAAUCUUUGGGUUGCUUCAGGUGUGAAAGAAGAUAAAGGGUAGAGAUUUUAGUUGUUGUAUUUUUCUGGGGGGCAUAUUGGGAAUUGCAAAUGUUUGUCGAGAGGUGAAAUGGAAGUAAGUAUUCGUUGAACUUUUGUGUUCAGAAUGAAAAACUUGUUGAGGGUACCAAAAAUUUUAAACUAUUGAUAUAAUUAUUAUUUAUGUA